GACUGGUGAGAACAUCGGAAGCUUAAAUUACAAAGCACUCGGAAUUGGAGAUGGAGCUCCACACGACCAUUCCUUUCUCCAACCCCAUCUGUCUCAAGCUCCGGCCAAAUGGAUUGCAAUCGCCAGAUACGGGAUAACGAAGACCUCAUAUCCGCCGAAACGCAAAAUCCACUCGCCAUUGUGCCCUCCAAAGAGACCACCUUACCCCCAUUUGCCACUGCUUCCAUCUCUCCUUCUCUCUCCACGAUUCUCCCCUCUCACUUCUUUGUGCAACCCAAGAGCUCUGCUUUAUUCUCGCCGCAACCUAACAAGGUCAGAGUCCCUACCCAGGCUUCCUCUCUCACUCACCUUUCUAUUUCCACCUCUUCUCCUUCCCCUUCGAAAAUCUCCUUCAAGUCCACUAUUUCAGCCAUUCCUCUCCAAAAUCCUCUCACUCUGGGUCCUCAUCGCCCCUUAGAUCCAUCUCAUGGGGCUGCAAUUCGUCGAGCUUCCAUCGUUUGGUUCCGCAAUGACUUACGGGUUCGCGACAAUGAAUGUCUCAAUUCCGCCAACAACGAAUCCAUGUCGGUCUUGCCAGUUUACUGUUUCGAUCCUAGAGAUCAUGGGAAAUCUUCGUCUGGGUUCGAUAAGAGCGGCUCUUACCAUGCCACAUUUUUGAUCGAAGCGGUCUCGGAUCUCAGAAAGAACCUUCAGUCAAGAGGAUCUGAUCUUGUGGUCAGAAUUGGGAAGCCUGAGACUAUAUUGACUGAGUUGGCGAAGGCAGUUGGGGCUGAUGCUUUGUACGUCCACAGAGAGGCUUCCCGCGAUGAGGUGAAGGUCGAGGAGAGAGUUGAAGCGGCAAUGAGGGAAGAGAACAUAGAGCUGAAGUACUUCUGGGGUAGUACUUUGUACCAUGUUGAUGACUUACCUUUCAAGUUGGAGGACAUGCCUUCCAACUAUGGAGGAUUUAAGGAGAAAGCUCAAAAGUUGGAGAUAAGGAAGACAAUCGAUGCAUUCGAUCAGUUAAAAGGACUGCCGUCUCGAGGAGACGUGGAACCGGGGCAAAUUCCCUCUUUGUCGGACCUUGGGCUUAAGCCAUCUGCGACAAUAACACAGAAUGGCAAGCAAGCUGCCAGCAAUUCUAUGGUAGGAGGGGAGACUGAAGCACUACAGAGGCUCAAAAGAUUUGCAGCUGAGUGCAAAGCUCAACCGCACAAGGGGUUUAAUAAUGGCACUCAAGAUAGUAUAUACGGUGCCAACUUUUCCUGCAAAAUUUCUCCAUGGUUGUUGACAGGAUGCGUCUCCCCUCGCACGAUAUUUGAUGAACUAAAGAAAACUGCCAGCAGGGCUAUUUCUGUUUCGUUGAACGAAAAUGAUGGUGGCAGCGGCUCAAAUUCAAAUUGGUUGAUGCAUGAGUUUUUGUGGAGGGAUUUCUUUAGGUUUGUAACCAAGAAGUGCAGUUCUGCAAAGAAACAGCUCGAAGCUGUACCAGCGCUUGCCUAGGCUACUAUUUGCAAGUGCAAGCAAUUUUUAUAUGGAGAUGCGAAUUGAUUCCUUGUGGCGAUAUGGGAGCUGGGUGUUGGAGGGGAGGUACGUAAGAAAGAGCGUCGAUACAACCUCUGUUCCUGCUAAUAAAUCCUCGGAAUGUGGGGGCUUUGUAUUAUGUCAAUGGUGCUAAAUGUGAGACCUAAUCAUAUUACUCGGUGGGAUGCCUGCGAAGCAAAUUUGAGUCCAAAUUUCAUUUCUCUUGCCUCAAAUAUUAGAUGUCCAAAUGAUUAUGCUUUUUGAGAAAUUAUUGAGUGCCCUGUACUUCUGUUCUUGAAAUUCAUAGAAUUUUCUGCCAUGUCAUGCGAA